UGUACAGUAAAGGGGCGUCAGUCACUCUUUGUCCAAAACGACUUCUUCUUAUGUUAAGCUUCUGAAGUCUGUUACAACUUGCCAAACGGCUCAUUGUCUUGGUUGAAAUACUGCAAAGUGCAAACUAGUAGAGUUUCGACAUGUUUGCCACGGCUACGCGGAAUUUUGUGGAAGAAGUGGAUCGUGGACGCUCUCUCAUACCGGUGUCCAGUUUGAAUGACACGAUUUCACUUUUAACUGUGGUUAUAAAGAAGAAAAGAUAUUGGCUUUGGCAGAAACCCAAAUAUCUUCCCACGGAUUUUACUCUGAAUGAUAUUUUAGCAGGAGGCACACCAAUACAACCAGAUAUUACAGAGUCAGAAUUUAUCAAGUACAAUGGCACAUUUGGAGACAACAUCCAAGGAAACGUUGGUGCAAACUUUAUCCAAAACAAUGUCAGUGUGGAGGGAAAAGACACCUCCAAAUUGCAGUCAUCAUUUGGGAGCCUCAAGAAAGAAGAACUGGGCAUGCCAAAACUUAUUAAAGAUUCAAAAGAAAGGCUUUUGGACAUGUCCCACUGUUUGGUUGAGCAGACUAUGAGAAACAACAAGCAGGUGUUUGGGAUUGUCAAGGAGCGCAUUUUGACGACCCAACCAUGUUCUGUCAUUGAAGAAGUGCAGAAAGAAGGGCAAUUUGGUGGGAUGUUGACUGUAUGUGGAGCCAAAGUCACAAAGGUUUCACUGAAGGAAAAUGCCAGCCUGAGCAAAGACAGUAAUGUUACCAUGGAGAUCCCCCCUCAUACCACGCUCGCCUACGCCCUCAUUGAACUGGAAGUGAAGCAUGAUGGGCACUUUAAGCUUUGUCUGAUGUCAACUGUCAGUGGAGGAUUUGAGGAAGUGGAUAGCAAUGGCCGUUUGGCUCCAUUACACCACUCUGAAAAAGUUGACUUCAGACCAGUUCUGGAAGAGUUUAAGGAAUAUUUCAAAGUGCUUUCAGCCCUCCCAUCUCAAACCAAAUCCUCUCUGCUCCUGCAAAUCACAGAAGUUAUAGAUGAUCGCACAGCUCUGUCUUUACUUCAAAACUCUCUGCACCACUUGUGUUACGGUGGUGUCUCUGCUUCGGUGGAAGAGCAUCAACAGCAAAUCCAGGACAUUUUGGACUUGGUUGCACAGAGUGGUGCAUCCAAAGACGCUGUCAUCAAAGCGCUUCACCUUGUUCUGAGUGCAGUAGAUGAGAUGUCUAACAAGUGUCUAGCUUUACUGCGAAUGUGCUGCAGCUCUGCAUUACUGCCAGACCUAGAACUACUGGUACAAUGUUUACUUGGAGAUGGACAGCUCCCCCUCACAGCCAUGAGACAAACUACUCUGGAAGAAGAGGUUUUUGACAGAGUGCAGUGUCUGUUCAGCUCCUCAAAUGUGUUUUUGAAAAAAGACGGAGACUCUUUAAGGACAGAGGUGCAGCAGGAGGCAGGAAACCUUCCCAUCAUCCUUUGCAUCGCUCUGAGGGGUCUGGCCUCAUUAUCACAGUGAUGUUCUCAAGUGAUUACAUAACACUGCCUAUGUGACCUCCUUUUGUACCUGCAUGCAUAUCUAACAUGUUUUUUCUGAAAGGUGCUCUAUGUAAUUUUUCAGGUGGAGAUUUUAUUGCAUUGCUUGGAAUAUUCCAAUGUACAGCAUUAAACUCACCUCCCAGUGAAUCACUUACAUGUGUUUUAUGCUAAAUCAUACCCUGAUAAGAAUAUUCUUACUGUGACUGGGGUCCUUCUCCAUAGAUCUGACCUGUAAUUUGACCUGUUGGUGUCUCCUGCUUGUGAUGGACCCUUCAACAGAAGUUACAUACUGCACCUUGAACUUUGUUCACUUCAUUUACUGCCUUUUUUUAUUCACUGCCAUUCUCAGUAUACACAUUUUAAAUUCUUUAUGUAUGUGCAUGGGUAAUACUUUUAUGUUUUAACAUGUAUUUUUAAAUAUUACUUUUAUUUGUGCUAUCAUAUUUUAUAACUACUUAAAAGUAAGAUUUUGUGGAUGAGAAUUUAACCUAUAAAUAGAAGCAUACCUGCAGCA